CCCCUUUCAAGUUUGCAAGGCAGUGUCUUUUUUUUCUCCCUCUAAUAUUUAUGGCCUCGGUACGAUUCGCGACGCCGGUCAUCGAUUCCGAUUCAUCGGAUACUGACGAAUAUUUUGAUACUGUAGCUGAGUACAAAGAACCAAACGGAGAAAUAUCUUCAGGGGCUUUGGAUAUUAUAUAUGAUGUAACUUGGCAUUAUGAAAAUGGCUCAGGAAGGUAUGAGUGUGAAGAGGAUCCAUGCCCAGCUACGGAAAUUUACAAACCUCCUCCAAAGAAGCCGCGAUGUGUUAUCAGCGUUUCAAUCACAGCAAAUGGUGUGUCUAGUAAAGGUGGUGGUGGUAAUACAAUCAUCCACAGGGCACCACCACCACCACCCAUUAUGGGAUCAAUACCUAUAAAAUACCGAUCCAACAGAUAUAGGCCUACACAGACACCGCCCAAUCCUUUUCUCAGCGGACAUCGAUCCGGUCUGCCGCUAAGAUAUCCAGAUGACGACUUCAAAACAACUUCGAUCAAUGUCACCGGACUUAAUAUACACUCCCCUCACCUUGUAAAGGCAAUGCGGGAUCUUAUUAAAUAUUACCCUUUUCAACUGUUGCAAGGGGAUGUCAUCUAUGUCUCAAAGCCGUAUGCAGUGCUCUUGCAUUACUAUCAUGACUUGAAGAAUCUCAGAGAAACUCACACAAACAACGGUAUAAAACAUCCGAUAAAGGACGAGAUUAUCCAUGAUCUCACCGUUCUCGUCGACUGGCUAGAGCCGCACUACGUUAAUACUAUUCAACCGGAGGAAGAAAGACAUCGGAGAGGGGUAACUACUUGGGAACGUCUUUGGAUUCUUUACAAACCAGGCAGUAUUUGUUACAGCAGCGUCAAGGGAGAAUGGCGUGCUUUUAUAGUCCGUAACACAUCAAAUCCUUUGGUCUUCGUCGAUUUUUCGGUCACCGCUUGGUAUGUAUCAUAUGAUGGGGGACGAUUUGUUCGUAGGAACAAAACUUUUACACUCGGUUACUUCGGUGGUGAACGAAAGAUUACGUCUCUCGAUCUUGUUCCUAGGAAAUUUAUCGAUAGCGCAGACGAAAGACACGCAUUAUUGGCAUCACGAGGUCAACGUUACCAUGAUAUUAUGCGGGUCAUCCCUCACCAUUUGAGAUAUUCCGGUGAUGGAAUUGGCCGAACUGGAUUCAAACAAAAAUAUGACGGUGAAAUCAUAGUCGAUCCUGAAUCAUGGAAGACUGAAAUUUCAAAGUCCAACACACGCCCCCAGAAAAAAAAGAGAUCCGGUGCUGACUCUGACGAGUCUUCCGGGAAUGAAUCCAUGUUAAGCGACGACCCAGCCAGUGAUAUCGAUCAAGAUUUAGAUGCCCGCGAUAUCAGAAAACCAGAGAUUUCAAACAGUGAUGCAUACGAUUCAAUCGCUGAUUGGAAACGGUUGGAAAUAUCCCAGACGAAAGAUCCCAACUCUGCAGAAUUGAGUGCACACCAAAAAUCUCUUCUCCCAACGCAUUUGAGGGGGUUCGCCCUAAGGCAUAAGUUGUGGAUGAUAUUUGAUCUCGAAAGUGCUCACGAGAUCGACCGAAAAAAGAAAGACGAUGCUUUGAAAAACUUGAUAAUUCCCGAUGAAGAUCGUCGGGUCCUCACAGCUGUCACGCGAAAGCACAUCAAUUCAAAAGCAAGUCCAUUAUUCUCCGACUUCAUUCAUGGAAAGGGGGAGGGCCUGAUACUGCUCUUGCACGGUCCACCAGGUACAGGAAAGACAUUUACUGUUGAAUGCAUCUCUGAAUAUACUUGUCGCCCUCUAUUAUCUUUGACGGUUGGCGAUAUUGGGACAAAGGAAGAACAGAUGGAAUCACGCCUUUCAGAUUGGUUCAACCUAGCAACUAGAUGGGAAGCUGUCUUGCUCAUCGAUGAAGCUGAUGUCUUCUUGGAGAAAAGGGGGCUGUCUGAUCUAGCGCGGAAUAGUUUGGUAUCAGUAUUUCUUCGAUGCAUGGAAUACUAUAAUGGAAUGCUCUUUUUAACAACAAACCGUGUUGGGCAUCUUGAUGAUGGGUUCUUGUCUAGAAUACAAGUUGCUAUCACGUAUAAGAAGCUUAGUACCGAGUCCCAGCGGAAGAUAUGGUUGCGGUUUUUCAGUAAGAUCAACGAAGAUAAAAAGGGGGACUUGUCGGUAUCGUGGGAGGCUCGGCAUUAUAUCGAAGAAGAAGGAACUGUAGAGUCAAUGGAUAUGAACGGCCGUGAGAUUCGCAAUGCAUUACAAACUGCUGUGGCCCUUGCGAAUGAUCGCGCAGCUUUCAAAGAUAAAGAAUCGGUAGAAGUGGCAGUAGAUGAUAUCAAGCAAGUCGCAUCAAGAAGGCAGAGAUUCGCAGAAUAUAUCAACAGCAUCAGAAUGGCGUCGGAACAUGAACGAGCUCUAGAAAAGGGUGAUCGGAAUGAUCUAUGAACGGAUGAGCCCGAGUGAGACCAAGGGAGAAAAUAACUUCCAACCCUUUUCAGUUGGCACAACUCAAGAAGUUGAUUUCUUUCUUACGAUUUCAUAAAGAUUAAUAUACCCUCAAUAUGGUCUGGCUACCUGAUAAUAACACGCUCCUUCAAGCCUAUUGUAAUGAAUACUUAUCGCUGUCUAUAACCAAGCAGCUCCUUUGCGAAUAAUGACGAUCGGAGACCCUCUCUGUCAACGCGAGAAUGUGAUGCUUCACACCGAUUAGCUAUCUUCACCUCACUAAUCAAGAGUUUCGUUUGUCCCGGGGUGAUUAACAACGUCUUAACUGGCCUUCCCUCGGUACCGAGACCAUUUUGUGGCUCUUGCAAAAGUUUUAAGAGAGCCCGCAGACCAC